UCACACUCUCGCGAAGUUAGACGGGAUGUGUGUUUUCACUGUCCGGAAGUAGCCGUGGAGCGUAACUGCGCUGUUUAUCUUUGAAACAACGAUCUGGGACUGAGCGCUGUUAAGAACUGUCCCGGGAAAACAAAGCCGGUCUGUUGGGCGGAAUGUGAACUUCUGCCCAUAAAUAGACUCAACAGCGCUGGGGUUGAAUUCAGUCAUCGUCUAUUUAUGAUCUUCAGCUGCUAUUAUGUUCAGACUACCGUAUAUACUCGAGUAUAAGCCGAGGUACCUAAUUUUACCUACGAAAACUGGGAAAAUUUAUUUACUCGAGUAUAAGCCUAGACACAACUACAGCCCUGUCUCCCAGCACCGCACAUUCCGCCAAAGCGACCCCCCCAGCGAUCAACCGGACUUCUUUGCAAAGUUGAUGAUUUCAGUCCUGUGAAAACAACAUGACAUCUGUGACUUUAGCCACAUCUGAGUGGAUCAGUUUCUUUAAGGAGGCUGGAAUCCCCGCAGGGCCAGCUGUUAACUAUGCAGUGACAUUUGUGGAUAACAGGAUUCAAAAAAGCAUGCUGAUGGAUCUAAACAAAGAAAUCAUGCACGAAUUAGGUAUAUCGGCUGUGGGAGAUGUUAUCGCAAUCUUGAAACAUGCAAAAGUAGUCCAUAGACAGGACUUGUGUAAAGCUCUGACAGAACAGCCAAGCCGGACUAAUACCCAGACAGAGCUUCGAAAGGGUGCCAACAGUCCGGCUACAAGGAUGAUCGCCAACAGUCUGAACAGAGACUCUCCACCAUCCACUCCUGUACACAGGCCUGAUACAAGCACCUCCAAAAUUUCUGUUACUGUUUCUAACAAAAUGGCACUAAAGGAUUCCCAAGCAGCUUCGUCCAAACUGCCAGAAGGCAACCCAGAUGUGCCAGUUAAACGGCGUAGAGUAACUUCAGAGAUGGAAGGAAAAUACAUUAACAUGCCUAAAGGAACUACUCCAACAACUAAGAAAAUCCUGGAGGAGCAGGCAACAAAAGGCGUGGCCAGAACAUCCGUCUUUGACAGACUGGGAGCAGAAAGCAAAGUAGACGCUACACCAGGAAGUAAGCUCACUGGAGUUUUCAGUCGGUUAGGAGAUUCAUGUGAGGAAGACAGGGCACAUGCGAGUGAUGAUGAGGGGUCUGUACUUCAGUAUGCCGGUGUCUUAAAGAGGAAAAGGAUCCCUACGGUCCAGGACAGGCUAGGAGCUGGGGUAACCAUUAAAGCUAAAGCUACCAGCUCAGAGCAGAAACCUGCCGUCACCACACUCAGAAGACUUGCCAGCACACCACCAGCUAGUGCUCCCCGCAAAAUCUCCACCUCUAAGAUCAGCAUGGCACAGAGGUUGGGUACAGUUCAGCAAAGUGACCCAGAGGAAAUUGUCAAAAGGAAAACACUUUCAGCAAAGUUAAUCCAGCGGCUGGGAAAGCCACAGGCAGCUCCUCAGGACAGCAAGGUUAGUAGCUCAAAACUACCAACUGGGCCAUUCAGAGUCACCAUCAAGAGGACUUUGGGGAAAACCAAAGUGAGCAGCACAAGCGAUAACAGCAGUGCCCAGAUGGACAAUACAAGGAUCGUCAGUGUCUUCAAUAGGCUCGGCAGGAAAUCUGUCUAAGAACAUUUUUGUAUUUGAAUCUUCACUUCCUUCUCCAAGGGAGGGCAAAAUGGAUAUUACUAAAGUUUGGAUGGAAAGUCAACUUCCUGUGAAGCUUUGCCAGAUGUCAUGUUGUAUCAUGUACCUUCAGACAACAUAUCCAGGCACAGAGGGAAGUUUUAUAUGUUUUAUAGUGAGACUCAAGUAGUAAUUUAAAAAAAAAAAAAAGCCUUCAAGUGGACCUGUCACCCAGACAUAAAAAUCUGUAUAAUAAAAGUCCAUUUCAAAUUAAACAUGAAA